AUGCUAACUUAAAGGAAAUCAAUAGACUGCAAGGUAAAUAAAUGCACAAACAACGAAGAGAUCACUCAAGACCUGGAUAAAGUCAAUGAGUGCACUAAGACAUGCAACAAACCUUUAAUGUUCUAGCAAUAGUAUGCAGUUGAGUCAUAUCACUAAUUCAAUGACGAUCUUUAUGCUUAGAUGUCAAAGUGUAUCACCAAAGAUAAAAGAGAUGAUGAGUGCAUACUUAAAGUAUAAAAAGACUUUGCUGGGGCAAAGCUGAAAGAGUUUAAGAGUUAGUAUGAAAAGUACUUGGAUGAUUUAAUUAAUCGUAAGCUUUAUUGA